AUGGCCAACUCAGUGGUGGUCAACCAUGUCCCGCCCUCCCCUCCGGAGCUGACCGGCUGGAGCACUGAACUGCUCGACUGCUGUGAUGAUAUGAAUUCCUGUUGCUAUGCAUUCUGGUGCUGGCCCUGCUUUGCCUGCACCACAACCAAGAAGUUUGGAGAGAGGAGAUGCCUCCCGUUAUUGGACAUACUCACCCCGGCCGUGGCGGCGGCCGUUGGGAUACCUCUGUGUGUACCCCCUGCAGGCCUGGCACUCCGUGUCGCCAUCCGCCACAGAUAUGGGAUCAAGGGCACACUGUGCAAGGACAUCAUGGCGUCCUGUUUCUGUGGCUGGUGCUCCUGGUGUCAGCUGGCUCGCGAGAUGAAGCUACGCAACAGGGUUCCUGGGUGUGCCGUGUAA